AUGUCUGUAGCCUGUGCUGUAGCCUCCUUACCUCUGGUAACCCCAGCAAAUUUCGAGGGUCUAUGGAAUGGCCUAAACAAGCAAAAAGAUAAGCCAGUCAGGAAAUUUGUGCACUUUCAACCUUUGAAAGCAAGGAGGCAUCAUAAACUUGUGGUUUCUAGACCAGCGAGGCUUUCCACACAAUUAUCCUCCAAUCCCAAGAGAACCCUGUCUCCUGUUAUUGUGUGCUCUAUUGCUCUGAAUGCAAGGUGCUCAGCUUCCGGACAAACUCAAACUGUUCUCAAGCAGUCACCGACCAUUACCCAGGCCCCUGUACGAGAACCAACUAAGACGCCGGAGAUUGAUGAUGGAGGGCCUGGACUCCCACCGGGCGAUGACGGGGGAGGUGGCGGCGGAGGUGGUGGUGGAGGGAACUGGUCUGGCGGCUUCUUCCUGUUUGGCUUUCUUGCCUUCCUGGGAUUUCUGAAAGAUAAGGAGGGUGAAGAUGAGUAUGGGGAAGGUAGGAGAAGGUGA